AUGUUUCGACGUUCAUGGGAAGCACUCCCAAAAGAUCCGCAUUUUGAGCCGGAUCUAAAGAAGCUCGGCUACUUCGUUAACGAGGACGACGAGCUGCGCAACAUCGAGAACCCCAAGUUCUACUUUAAAUAUUUCAUCAACAAGAAUGAGCGCUACAAUGAGCGACAGCGCUAUGCUCUUCACGAGGCGCUCGCUCAAGAAAUCCACGACCGCUUCGCCAAAACUGGUCUGAUCCAGCACCGUUUACCCCUCGAAGCCGGCCCGACAGACCCUCACGUCCCAAUCUUCGCCUCCGCCAACCUGGCUACUUGCUCACGCGCCAUCAUCAUCGUCGGCGAGUCCCACCAGGACCUCGGCGUCUUUGCCUACCGCACCGUCUGCGGGCCCGGCGGCAUCACAGCCGGCACGGCUCUGUCAUACGCCGCCAGACUCCCAGCCGAUGCAGGCCUCGUCAUCGCCAACCCGGGCCAGCUGUUCUGGUACGCCGAGGGGAAGCGCGCACUAAAUGCGCAGAGCCAGCUGGGCGUGCCCAUGCCGAGCGCUGUGCAUAUAGGCCUCGUCACGCGCGAGGAGCACCGGGUGCCGCAGAAUAGGAACGUCGAUGAGCAUGUUAGGUACAUGUUUGACACUGUGAUUCCGAAGCUUCUGGCUGGGAACGACAAGGCUCAGCUGCAUGUCAUUGGUGUCGGCGACGGUGCUGAUGCGGUCGAGGCGUAUAUGGAUCAGGAGAUGCACUGGGCAAAGUGGGAGCCGCUGCUCAAGUCGCUUACCAUCAUGGGAGGUCUCUAUGACGGGGUCGACUCUCAGGUCUCUGGAUUCAGGAAAUUCCUGCGAGAGCGCGCUCGCGCCUACAUAGUCUCCGACGAGCCACUGAACAUCCCCCUUUCCGGCCCGGACGGCAACAAACGAGAGGCACACUUCACCGGCUUCGGAUGCCCCGUCUUUAGCGCUGGCGAACCGCUCAACAUCGAGUCCAUCCCCAUCAAGGCACGCGAGGCCGCGCUCGAGUGGAUCAAUGAUGUUGCCGCGGAUGUAGACUACAAGAACGAGCCCGUCUUCAUCUCGUAUGCGGACGAGGAAAUGGGUAAUGACAAUGUGUGGGGUCCGGAGAGGCUGGUUGAUGAGGCGCUGGCCAACCAGUUUGAAGGGGGGAUGCAGAAUGAAUCAGUGUCUAUCUGAGUGGUGGUCAGUUAAAGGGGAGGUGUAUGCCUCGCGGUACCAUGUGUUCGCCCGAGAUAAUAGUUUCAAGGCGUCGAGAUACCUUUGACGGCGGAUCUAGGUCUAGGUCACAACAUACUACAGCUCUGCAUAUCAGUCUGGCCACUCGAUGCCGUCAUGAAAUGUACUUGCUUAAAAAUACGUGCCGAUUUGGUGGACAUGAAUCUUACCUCUCCAGAUAAAACAUCGCCUAAA